GCUGUGCAACACAAAUCGAGUGCAGUUUCAGCCAAUCGGAGUGUAUUCACGUGGCCCAGCCAACCACUCAACCAGCCCGCAGCCCAACAACUACUCCAACAAGAAUUGUUUUGAAAACAGCCCUUUAGUCCCAGGGAGAGACCCUUUCGCGUUCUGGUGAACACGGGAAAGAAGGCAUGAAACAAAUUGCGGUGCUCUAUUUGCUGGUCGGCCUGGUGGGCCUUUCCGCCCAGCAAGGCCGGGUGGCACCUGGAGUUCCACCACAGCAGUACCAGCAACCUCAGUAUCACCAGCAGCCGCCGCCGCCGCCGCAGUACCAGCAAGUGCCUGUGCACCAGCAGCAGCAGGUGCCGGUGCCGCAGCACCACCCUCAACACCACGUGCCGCAGCAACAAGUUCCCGUCCAACAUCACCAGCAGAUGCCGCAGCAGGUGCCGGUGCAACACCAGGUACCAGUGCAGCAGCACCAGGUGCCGGUCGCCCAGCAGCAACACCAGUACGGACAGCCUCAGGUGCCGGUGCACCACGCCGCCGCUCCACAACAGAUCCUCAAUGUCGCUCACAUGGCGCAGGAGAAAGAGCACUUGAAAGAGCACCUCCACGUACCGGUUGACACGAACAACAUGAGCGAACAAGAACUGCAGUUUCACUAUUUCAAAAUGCACGACGCUGACAACAAUAACAAAUUGGACGGCUGUGAACUCAUCAAAUCUCUAAUUCAUUGGCAUGAACAGGGUCAUCAACACGAGUCACCAGGUGUGCCGCCGCCGCCUGAGCAGGCGCAGAAAAUCUUCGAUGACCAAGAACUGAUCAACCUGAUCGACCCGAUCUUGUCCAUGGACGACUCGAACCGCGACGGAUACAUCGACUAUCCAGAAUUCGUGCAGGCGCAACACAAAGCAUCCGCGACCACCCAAGUCAAAGCUUAAACUGUGUCUUGUUGACUGCGAAAAUGUGUUUCAAUACGUGAUCUGAAAGUCGCUAGUUGUGGAAAGUCUGAUCGAAAAAUUCAUCCUGUGCCGCCACAGAUCUGAUCCAUCUACCCUGACACCUCCCAAAUAGAUAUAUUUUUGUUCACUGUUAUGUUGUCCAUCCGUGGCUAUUGUUGUAGUACAUUUUUAUUUUUAAAACAAUUCACUUCCAGUUGCUCACUCUGAUCACUUAAACGCCAUGUCGACCUUUACCGAUGAUGAUUUGCAAGCUGCACUGGAUAUGAUGCUGCAAGCCUCGGACAAAGACAACGACGGAUUUCUGACUUACGCCGAGUACACAAGGAGUUUGGGAGGUG